GCAGACCUCAAUAGAGAGUGGAGGUUGGUAGUCCUUAUUCCCUUACCUACCACCAGCUCCUCUAUGAAAGCUCUCUCUCUCUCUCCUCAUUUUCCAGUUUCAUUCAUUUGCUAUUAGAAAUGUCCACCAUUACCUGCAAAGCUGCUGUUGCAUGGGGAAGAGGAGAAGCAAUGGUAAUAGAGGAAGUUGAGGUUGAUCCACCUCAACCCAUGGAAAUUCGUAUUAAAGUUGUUUGUACAUCCCUUUGCCGUAGCGAUGUCACUCAAUGGGAAUCAGAGGCUUUUGCUCCCCUAUUUCCUCGGAUUUUUGGGCAUGAGGCGUCAGGGAUAGUUGAGAGCAUUGGGGAGGGAGUCACCGAGUUCAAUGAGGGUGAUCAUGUAAUCACGGUAUUCACUGGAGAAUGCAUGACAUGCAAACACUGCACCUCAGGGAAGAGCAAUAUGUGCCAAGUCUUGGGAAUGGAAAGGAGAGGGCUAAUGCAUAGUGAUCAAAAAACUCGCUUCUCAAUAAAAGGAAAACCCAUUUAUCAUUACUGUGCUGUUUCAAGUUUUAGUGAAUAUACAGUGGUGCACUCGGGAUGUGCCGUUAAAAUUAGCUCAACUGUGCCAUUAGAGAAAAUUUGCUUGCUCAGUUGCGGAGUGGCUGCGGGUCUUGGUGCUGCUUGGAAGGUUGCUGACAUAUCCAAAGGAUCAAAUGUAGCCAUUUUUGGCCUCGGAACUGUUGGCCUUUCUGUUGCACAAGGUGCUAGACUAAGAGGUGCAUCUAGAAUAAUUGGGAUUGAUACUAAUCCUGACAAGUACGAAAAAGGAAAGGCAUUUGGUGUGACGGACUUUAUAAAUCCAGCUGAUUGUGGUGAACCCAUUCAACAGGUUAUCAAGCGUAUAACUGAUGGAGGGGCUGAUUAUUCUUUUGAAUGCAUUGGUGACACAGGAAUGAUAACUACUGCCCUGCAAUCAUGUUGCGACGGUUGGGGUGUGACUAUUACUCUUGGUGUACCAAAAGUAAAUCCAGAGACUAAGACCCAUUAUGGAUUACUUUUAUCUGGCAAGACUUUGAAGGGUACUUUAUUUGGAGGGUGGAAACCAAAAUCAGAUCUUCCAUCGUUGGUGGAUAUGUACAUGAAAAAGGAAAUUCAAGUUGACGAGUUCAUCACUCACGACUUGGCAUUUGAGGAUAUCAAUAACGCCUUUGAGCUGAUGAGAGAAGGGAAGUGCUUACGCUGUGUGAUUCACAUGCCAAAGAAAUAAUAUUCAAGCUUGGAGCUGCUACAUGGUUCGCAGCGUUCCUCAAAAUUUACCAAUUCAAAAAGUGACUCGGGCAUAAAAAUAGACACUCAUAUGGAAAUUAACAGAGAUUUGUAUACGAGAGCACUCAAUUUAGUGUCUACUGCAAUUUGUUUGAACUAUGAAAUGUUUUGGAUGCUUGUUGUAAUACUAGUUCAUGGAUUUGUGCCUGCAAAUGUGAAAAAAAUCUGUAUUUAGUCAUUGAGAAGUAUCAGAGAUACCUCUCUUCUGUAUUGUGUUCUUUACAGUAUAAAAAGAAAAAAGAAAACAAAAUUCUGAUCUA